AUGACUAAAGAUAAAAUAGAUACAUUGGGUUGGACAAUUGAUGAAUGGAUUGACUUUCAUUUGAAUUCAACACCUGAAAAAUCAUUGGAGGUUCUACUUGAUCUUAUUGGAUCUCAAAGUAAACCUGACAAAGAUCCUGCUUGGAUUUCAUUAGUUUCAGAAGCUGAUUUAGAGAAACAAUGGUUAAUUCAAUCAACAAGAUCGAACAAAGAGAAUCUAUCCUUAUUUGGUGUGCCAAUUGCAGUAAAGGAUAAUAUUGAUGUCAAGUCAAUGAUGACAACUGCGGCUUGUCCCGCAUUUGCCUAUGAAGCUGAAAAAGAUGCUACCGUUAUAUCGUUGUUAAAAGAUGCUGGGUGUAUAAUUAUUGGAAAAACCAAUCUGGAUCAAUUCGCAACCGGUCUAGUUGGUGUAAGAUCUCCGUAUGGUAAGACUCCUUGCGUCUUCAACGACAACUAUGUUUCUGGAGGUUCUUCUGCCGGGUCUGCGUCGCUCGUUGCAAGAGGCCAUGUACCAAUUGCACUUGGAACAGAUACUGCUGGUUCUGGGAGGGUACCAGCUGCUUUGAAUAAUAUUAUUGGAUUAAAACCUACCAGAGGAGUGGUUUCAUGUGCUGGUGUUGUUCCUGCUUGUAAAUCGCUUGAUUGUGUUUCAAUUUUUGCUUUAAAUUUGAAAGAUGCUGAGAAGUGUCUAAAUGUACUAAUUAGGCAAGAUUUUGAGAAUUAUGAAUAUUCAAGAAAAUAUACCAGUACUCCAUUCUUAAAAUCUCCCAAGGGCAUUAAGAUUGGGAUUCCUGAAGAUAUAAAUUGGUAUAAUGAUAACUAUAAUUCUAAACUAUUCUCAAAUGCCACUGAAGCGUUGGAGAGUAUUAAUUGUACCAUGAAAAAGUUAAAUUUUAAGCCAUUUCUGGAGUUAGGUCAAUGCUUAUACCAAGGUCCUUGGGUUGCUGAAAGAUAUUUGGUGAUCGAAAAGCUACUAUCUAAUUCGUCUAAUAUUGAUUCAUUUGAUGAUACUGUGCUUUCUGUGAUCAAGAAAGCAGAGGACUUCAGUGCAGCUGAUUUUUUUAAAUAUGAUUAUUUGAGAAAAUCUUUAUUGGUAAAAAUUAAAAAAAUAUUCGAAGAUGUGGACAUUUUGUGUGUGCCAUCAUGCCUUCUUAACCCAACUUUUAAUGAAGUAAAAGCGGAACCUAUAUUGAUCAAUUCAAUACAAGGCACGUGGACAAAUUUUGUCAAUUUAGCUGACUUAGCUGCCUUGGCAGUGCCAGCUGGUUUUCGGCCAGAUAAUUUACCAAAUGGCAUAACUCUUAUUGGUAAGAAAUUUACGGAUUACAUGCUAUUAGAUCUUGCUAACAAGUAUCUGUCAGGCAUCAACAAGGUUCCGAUUUCCAAAUUUGGAAGAUUCAAUACUCCAUUAGCAAAUGGGGUAGGAGAAACGUUAACGGGUCCAUUGGUGUUCGAUGAUACUAUCACAGUUGCUGUGGUUGGUGCACAUUCGAAAGGCCAACAAUUGCAUUGGCAAUUAGAAAAAGUUAAUGCAAAGUUUGACAGGACAUGCAGGACUUCUAAAUGUUAUAAAUUAUACGUGUUACAAAAUAAAAUGCCUAUUUUAAAACUUGGACUAAGGAGAGUUGAAGAAAAUAUUGGGAAUAAUAUUAUUGUUGAACUAUACAAAAUUCCUAAUGCUAACCUUUCAUCAUUUAUGGAAAUGAUUCCACAUCCACUUGGUAUUGGCUCAAUAGAGUUGGAAGAUGGUAAUUGGGUAAAAUCAUUUAUAUGUGAAGAAAUUGGUUAUAACAAUGAGUCAUCAUUAAAUAUCACAUCAUAUGGUGGAUUCAAUGAUUACUUGAAGUCCAUAAAACAUGUUCCUAAGAUCCAUUUAUUCAAUACAAUAUUAGUAGCGAACAGAGGUGAGAUAGCUGUUAGAAUUAUAAAAACAUUGAAAAGAUUAAAUAUCAAAUCUGUUGCCAUAUUUUCAGCAUCUGAUAAGUAUGCUCAACAUGUAUCAGAUGCAGACAUUAGUGUAUCAUUGUUAGGAAGUUCGAGCUCCGAUACUUACCUAAAUAUAGAGCAAAUUAUAAAAAUCGCUAAAGCACACAAUGCCGAUGGUAUUAUUCCAGGAUAUGGGUUUCUAUCUGAAAAUUCAUCAUUUGCUCAGAGAUGUGAGAAAGAAAACAUUGUGUUCAUUGGUCCACACAGUGAAACUAUUAGAACUUUAGGAUUAAAGCAUUGUGCUAGAACAAUUGCUGAAAAUGCUAAUGUCCCUUUGAUACCAGGCUCUCCUUUACUUAAAACAGAAUUAGAAGCUAAAAAAUUUGCCAAAUGUAUUGGCUAUCCUAUUAUGAUUAAAUCUACUGCUGGUGGUGGGGGCAUAGGUUUACAAAAAGUUGAUUCUGAGGAUCAAAUCGAAAGUGUAUUUAAAACAAUCAAACAUCAAGCCACUUCUUACUUUGGAGAUGCUGGCGUGUUUUUGGAAAAAUAUAUAGAAAACUCUAGACAUAUUGAAAUACAAAUAGUAGGCGACGGUAAUGGCAAUGUGAUGGCGUUAGGUGAACGUGAUUGUUCACUACAAAGGAGAAACCAAAAGAUAAUAGAGGAAACUCCGGCCCCAAGAUUACCUCCAAAGACCAGAGAACAUAUGAUUGAGGUAUCAGAAAGGUUAGCAGCAUCAAUAAAGUAUAAAUCCGUAGGUACUAUUGAGUAUAUAUAUAAUGACGACACGGGUGACUUUUACUUUUUGGAGGUAAAUACUAGGUUGCAGGUUGAGCAUCCAAUAACAGAGGAGGUUACGGGCAUUGAUUUAAUUGAAUGGAUGGUAAAAAUUGCGGCUGGUAAACCACCUAACUUCGAUAAAUCAAAAAUAUACUUUAAUGGAGCUGCAAUUGAGGUACGUUUAUAUGCCGAAAAUCCAGCUAAUAAUUUUACACCUUCACCAGGGUUAAUAUCGGAUGUCGUUUUUCCAACUUCUGCUAGAGUUGAUACAUGGAUUAAAAAGGGUACUAUUAUAUCGGCUGACUUUGACCCAACUUUGGCAAAAAUUAUUGUACAUGGGAUUGAUCGAAAUGAUGCAAUUGCAAAGAUGAAUCACACAUUAUCAAAUAUUAAAAUUAGCGGAAUUACUACCAAUUUAGAAUAUUUGAGAUCAAUAAUAUCAUCAUCCAUGUUCAAAUGUGAAAACAUGACUACAAAUGUAUUGAACAGUUACAAUUUUACCUCCAACAGUAUUGUAGUAAUAAAACCUGGUCCACAUACUACAAUUCAAGAUUUUCCGGGAAGAAUAAAGUAUUGGAGAAUUGGUGUUCCUCGAUCUGGGCCUAUGGAUUCAUACUCAUUUCGACUUGCGAACAUACUAUUAGGCAAUGAAGCGGCUGCUUCAGUUCUAGAAGCAACAUUAACUGGUCCUACUUUAAAAUUUUUGACAUCAACAACCAUUGCAAUUACAGGUGGUAUCGCCUCUUGUUUUGUUAACAAAAAAAAAGUUAAACAAUAUGCUAGCAUACCUAUUUGUGUAGGAGAUUAUCUUGAAAUUGGGAAGUUAGCAACAGGUUGUAGAUUGUAUAUAGCUAUUAAAGGUGGUUUUGAUGUACCUUAUUAUCUGGGGUCUCAAUCUACAUUUACAUUAGGUGAAUUUGGCGGUUAUAACGGUAGAAUUUUGAAGGUUGGUGAUGCUUUACCGUUGACUGACUCUUCACAAGAGGCCGUUGAAUCAACAUUAUUGAAGGAAAAUUUUAUGAAUAUACCAGAAAACGGUAAAUGGGAUAUUUGUGUUACAUGUGGACCGUAUGGUUCCCCGGAUUACUUUACAGAGGAGUCAAUUGCGGAGUUUUUGAAUUCUGUUUGGACAGUUCAUUAUAAUUCCAAUAGAUUCGGUGUCAAAUUAGUUGGACCAAAACCUAAAUGGAGUAGAUCAAAUGGUGGCGAAGCUGGCUUACACCCAUCUAACAUACAUGAUUAUGUAUAUCCAAUAGGGGCGAUCAAUUUUACUGGGGAUGAACCAGUGAUUAUAACCUGCGAUGGUCCUUCCUUAGGAGGAUUUGUUUGUCCAGCGGUUGUUGUUGAAGCAGAAUUGUGGAAAGUCGGUCAAUUAAAGCCUGGAGAUACAGUUAAUUUUAUUCCUGUUAGUUACUAUAAAGCAAGAACAUUAAUGAAAGUUCUCAACAAUAAUCUCUAUAGUUUUGACAGACACGAUUAUGUAAAAAGGUAUCAAACAAAUGUUAAAGAGCUAGAGUUGCCAACUUUUGAGAAUCCUAUACUAAGUGUUUUGCAAAUAAAUAGUAACAUAAUUCCCUUUAUUACAUAUAGACAAGCCGGUGAUCGUUACAUUUUGAUUGAGUACGGUGAAAAUAAACUGGACUUAAAUUAUAACUAUAGAAUAUAUUGUUUGAUAAACAAAACUUUACAGUAUAAGGUAAGUGGUAUUAUUGAGAUGUCACAAGGUAUAAGAUCAAUUUUAGUGGAGUUUGAUUGUGAACUAAUCUCUCAAGAUAAAAUUGUGGCCAUGUUAAAAGCAUAUGAAUUAGAGAUACCCUUUGAGAAUAAUUGGACUGUACCAUCAAGGAAAUUUAGAUUACCGUUAGCGUUCGAAGAUUCAAAGACUCUGAACUGUGUUAAGAGAUAUCAAGAAACAAUCCGAUCUUCUGCCAGUUGGCUUCCAAACAAUGUAGAUUUCAUUGCACGAGUAAAUAAAAUUACCAGCUGUGAUGUAAAAGACAUGAUGUAUUCAACGUCGUUUAUGGUACUGGGUUUAGGCGAUGUUUAUUUAGGUUCACCUUGCGCCAUAGCCUUGGACCCACGUCACAGAUUAUUAGGUUCCAAAUACAAUCCAGCUAGAACUUUUACCGAGAGAGGUGCUGUCGGAUUGGGUGGAAUGUAUAUGUGUAUAUAUGCAGCCAAUAGCCCAGGUGGAUAUCAAUUGACUGGCAGAACGAUUCCAAUUUGGGAUACGUCACUACUAUCUAAACAACUAAAAAAACAUUGGAUGUUAUCCCCAUUUGAUCAAAUAGAAUUUUUCCACGUUUCAGAAGAAUUAUUAGAUUAUUAUGUUGAAAAUUUUGAUAAUGGGCACUAUGAAAUCGACAUAGAAGAGACUAGUUUUAGUCAUGAAACUUACUGCCAUUGGUUAAAUGUUAAUGAAAAUUCAAUUAACGAUCAUGCAGCAAAACAGCAAAAGGCAAUAAGUGGAUUAAUAUCUGAAAUGACUGCAACAGAAACCGAAGAAUUGAAGAAUGCCGAUUAUAAGAAACUUGCAAAUACUUCGAAUUAUAAUGAGACAACAGAAAUCUUAUGUUCUGAAUAUUGUGGGAGACUAUGGAAAGUUUUAGUUAACACUGGUGAUUAUGUUGAAAAAGGCGAUACAGUUGUAAUCAUCGAAUCUAUGAAAACCGAAUUGACAAUUGUGACACAGACAUCGGGCAAAAUUCUUGAAAUAAUGCCAAAUGUUGGUAAUCUGAUUAAUCCUGGAGAUCCAAUUGUGGCUAUUGAGCUAACACAUUGA